CCAACUCAAACCGAAAAUCAAAUACAAUGGCGUUUCUUUAGCUGUUAGGGCUCGAUUUUGCAUUUCCAGUUCAUCUUCUUCUCUGUAUUUUUUUUUUCUAAUUCGCAAGAGAUACUCAAUUACAUAAGAAGGAAAUAUCAGCAACCGAUCUAAUGAACAGGAAGCGGAAAAUUGUAAAAGGCAGUGGCGGUCGUGCCAAGCCGAAGACGGUGGAGACAUCAGUGUCACUGGUUGCAGGGGCGGAGGCGGUGGUGAAUGUAGAAACAAGCGUUGAGGUAUUUUUACAAGAGGCUGAUGCUUUAGUAGAGGUACAAUGUAAGGACAAAGAAGGGCUGAUGCUCGAUAUUCUGCUCUCCUUGGCUAAUUUGAGGAUUGACGUGAUGUUAAUUCAGUCAACGGCCGAGGAUGGUAUCUUUGUUGCUGAACUUAAACUAAAGGUGGAAGAUAAUGUUGGUGGGGAGAGGAUAAGCAGUGUGGACCUGAAGAAUUUGAUUACUCGGAUAAUCAACGAACCUUCAAUUAGCCACUGAUUAAGUUGAAAUGACAAAACUCUGUUCAUAAAAAACUUUUACUUUUUGCAUAGUGACACAGAUCAGGAAAUUGAACUUCUUCAUUACAAAAGACACAACUUAAAGAACUACUUUAUGUUGACAAUUAUGCAUAUAAUUAGCUUACAGUUUUAUUAAAUUAUGCCCUCUUGGUAUUCUGCCUUA